AUGGCAGAUCCCACCAACCCUACCACUGUCUCGACUGACGCCUUCCCCGCACCUCGUGCCACAGCACCCAUCAUUUCACGCGAAGAGGCCCUGUCAGACAUCUCGUCUCCAGACUUGCUCAUCGUAGACGUGCGACGUACCGACUAUGAAGGGGGUACGAUCAGAGGAAGCAUCAACCUGCCCGCACAGAGUUUCUACAUGAACCGAGCAGUCUUGUACCAACUAUGUAAGCGAUCCUCCAAUGGCCGUGGCCCGAGAUGCUCGGGCUGGUUUGCAGACUACAUCGCCGAGAAAGGCGAUGAUCACAUAACAUCGUUAACACUGGGUGGGGGCAUCAAAGGAUGGGUCAAGGCUGGUAAGCUAUAUACACAAUAUGUAGAUGGCUUCAAACCAGAGUAUUGGAAACAGUUUGAGUAG